UUUUUUUUUUGUUAAUUAAUUAAUAAAAUUAAAAAAGUGUAAAGAACGAGAUUACGAGCCUUCAAAAAGAUCCCCUAUUUUCUGACGCCCAAACAUGCCUUUAAUCGAACUCUCAAUCCCCCACACUUCUUUAAGAUGCUCAUGUGUAGGGUUUAAGAGACCGAAAAAUUUCAGUCGAUCGGAUUAAUAUAUAUGAGAACGUCAAUUAACAUUUACAUACUCAGCAGUAUUUGAACUCCGACUUAUUUGCAUUCGCAGCUGGCAGUGAGAAGUGUCUUUCUACUGCUGGUGAGUUACAUUCUGAAUCCUCUCCGUUGUUCCUAAAGUCUUGCAAAGAUGGCGAACUUAACCUUGACCGGGAUACUUGAAAAGAUGACUGGAAAGGAUAAGGAUUACAGAUACAUGGCAACUUCAGAUUUGCUUAAUGAAUUAAACAAAGAAGGAUUUAAACUUGAUAGCGAUCUUGAAGCAAAAUUGUCCAACAUUGUCAUACAGCAACUUGAUGAUGCGGCAGGCGAAGUGUCUGGAUUAGCUGUGAAGUGUUUGGCUCCAUUGGUGAAGAAAAUUCGCGAGCAGCAGGUUCUUGAAAUGACUAACAAGCUUUGUGAUAAAUUGCUCAAUGGAAAAGAGCAAAAUCGUGAUAUAGCUAGCAUUGCUUUGAAGACAAUUAUUGCUGAAGUUCCUACCUCGUCUGUUGCACAAUCUGUUCUUGUAUCCAUUUCCCCAAAGUUGAUACGAGGAAUAACCACUCAGGGAAUGAGCACAGAAAUCAAAUGUGAAUCCCUCGACAUUCUUUGUGAUGUUCUCCUCAAAUACGGCAAUCUAAUGGCAUCGGAUCAUGAAGUAUUAUUAGGUGCUUUGUUGCCCCAGUUGAAUACCUAUCAAGCCAGUGUUAGAAAGAAGACUGUUUCAUGUAUUGCAUCCCUCGCAUCAAGCUUAUCAGAUGAGUUGCUGGCGAAGGCUACAGUUGAAGUUGUUCGGCUUUUGAAAAUUCAGACCACCAAAUCUGAAAUCACACGAACAAACAUUCAGAUGAUUGGCGCUUUAAGCCGUGCUGUUGGCUAUCGAUUUGGCCCGCACCUUGGGGAUGCAGUUCCAAUUCUAAUUAACUACUGCAAUAAUGCAUCGGAGAAUGAUGAAGAGCUUCGUGAGUAUAGCUUGCAGGCGUUAGAGAGCUUUUUGCUGAGGUGUCCCAGGGAUAUCUCAUUCUACUGUGACCAAAUCUUACAUCUUAGUUUGGAAUUUCUUAGCCAUGACCCAAAUUUCACAGAUAACAUGGAGGAAGACACAGAUGAUGAAAGUUAUGUUGAAGAGGAAGAUGACGAGAGCGCCAAUGAAUACACAGAUGAUGAAGAUGUCAGCUGGAAAGUUCGGAGAGCUGCUGCAAAGUGCUUAUCCGCAUUAAUUGUUUCUCGCCCUGAGAUGCUUUCUAGAUUAUAUGAGGAGGCUUGUCCAAAGUUGAUCGAAAGAUUCAAAGAAAGGGAAGAGAAUGUUAAGAUGGAUGUCUUCAGCACAUUCAUUGAGUUGUUGAGACAAACAGGGAAUGUUACAAAGGGCCAGACGGAUAUUGAUGACUCAAGGCAAGGGUUAAAUCCUGUAUCCAGCAAAUUACUACUCCCUGCUGCAGAUCCAUCAAUGAGAUUGGAGAAUUCGUUGGAUGAUGAACUGUGUUUGGGGUGUGGGGUGUGGAGUCUCAGAUAUCUAUUGAAACAAGAAGUGCCAAAGAUAGUUCGAUCUAUAAAUAGACAGCUACGAGAAAAAUCCAUCAAGACAAAGGUUGGGGCUUUCUCAGUGUUAAAGGAGCUGGUAAUUGUUUUGCCAGAUUGCCUUGCUGAUCACAUUGGAUCUCUUACUUCAGGAAUUGAGAAAGCACUAUGUGACAAGUCUUCUACCUCAAAUUUGAAAAUUGAGGCCCUUGUAUUUACAAGAUUAGUGUUAGCCUCACAUGCUCCUGAUGUUUUUCAUCCCUACAUCAAGGCCAUUUCUGCUCCUGUUAUAUCUGCUGUUGGAGAACGUUAUUACAAAGUUACAGCAGAGGCAUUAAGAGUAUGUGGAGAACUUGUUCGUGUUGUGCGACCAAAUAUUGAGGGUUAUGACUUUGAUUUUAAACCGUACGUGCACCCUAUAUAUAGUGCUAUUAUGUCACGCUUGACUAACCAAGAUCAGGAUCAGGAAGUGAAGGAAUGUGCUAUCUCUUGUAUGGGGUUUGUGGUUUCUACAUUUGGUGAUCAUCUUGGGAAAGAACUGCCUGCAUGUCUUCCAGUUCUUGUGGAUCGAAUGGGAAAUGAAAUAACUCGUCUUACAGCUGUGAAGGCUUUUGCAGUCAUUGCUGCUUCACCUCUGCACCUUGAUUUAUCUUGCAUUUUAGAGCAAGUGAUUUCAGAGUUGACGACCUUCCUACGGAAGGCCAAUCGAGCCCUAAGACAGGCUACACUGGGGACGUUGAACACUUUAAUUGUCGGCUAUGGUGAUAGAAUCGGUUCAGCUGCUUAUGAAGUCAUUGUUGUUGAACUCUCUACCCUGAUAAGUGACUCAGACUUGCAUAUGGCUGCUCUAGCCCUGGAACUAUGUUGUACAUUAAUGGCCGACAAAAGAUCUGGUCCAAAUGUUGGACUGACUGUCAGAAAUAAAGUUCUGCCACAGGCACUGACACUAAUAACAAGCCCACUGCUCCAGGGUCAAGCUCUUCUGGCACUACAGAACUUCUUUGGUGCUUUGGUUUACUCAGCUAACACAAGCUUUGAUGUAUUGCUUGACUCUCUUCUUUCAACUGCAAAAUCAUCUGUCCAGUCUGGUGGUGUAGCAAAACAGGCUUUAUUCUCCAUUGCUCAGUGCGUUGCUGUUCUCUGUCUUGCUGCAGGCGAUGAGAAAUGUUACUCUACUGUAAAUAUGCUUACCGAUUUAUUGAGAUCUGCUGGCAGCGCCAACUCGAUGUUAGCCAUUGGAAAUAGGCUAAAAAAUGGUUCCCAGGCUAAGCAACAUCUUUCCUUACUGUGCUUGGGGGAGAUAGGCAGGAGAAAAGAUCUCAGUUCCCAUGAUCAUAUAGAGAAUAUUGUCAUCGAGUCUUUCCAAUCACCUUUUGAAGAAAUCAAAUCUGCUGCAUCUUAUGCCUUGGGAAACAUUGCUGUCGGAAAUCUACCCAAGUAUUUGCCGUUUAUCCUGGACAAAAUCGAUAACCAGCAGAAGAAGCAAUAUCUGUUACUCCAUUCUCUAAAGGAGGUUAUUGUAAGGCAGUCUGUAGAUAAAGCAGAAUUUGAUGAUUCUAGUGUGGAGAAGAUCACUAAUUUGCUUUUCAACCACUGUGAAAGUGAUGAGGAGGGUGUUCGUAAUGUGGUAGCCGAGUGUCUUGGGAAAAUUGCCCUUAUUGAACCUGGAAAGCUUGUUCCUUCACUCAAGGAAAGGACCUCCAAUCCUGCUGCGUUCACCAGAGCAACAGUUGUAACUGCAGUGAAGUAUUCAAUAGUUGAGCGGCAGGAGAAAAUAGAUGAGAUUUUGUACCCUGAAAUUUCAUCUUUCUUGAUGCUUAUCAAAGAUCACGACCGGCAUGUUAGGCGAGCAGCUGUAUUGGCCUUGAGUAUUGCAGCUCAUAAUAAGCCAAACCUGAUAAAGGGCUUACUUCCAGAACUAUUACCACUUCUCUACGACCAAACAAAAGAAUUGAUCAGGACAGUGGAUUUAGGUCCUUUUAAGCACACAGUUGAUGAUGGGCUUGAAUUGAGGAAAGCUGCUUUUGAAUGCGUGGACACCUUGUUGGACAGCUGUCUUGACCAAGUGAACCCUUCUUCAUUUAUUGUUCCGUAUCUGCUAUCUGGUUUAGAAGAUCAUUAUGAUGUCAAAAUGCCUUGUCAUUUGAUACUUUCGAAGUUGGCCGAUAAGUGCCCAUCUGCUGUGUUGGCAGUGUUGGAUUCCUUGGUGGAUCCUCUCCAGAAAACUAUCAACUUUAGGCCCAAGCAAGAUGCUGUCAAGCAAGAAGUUGACCGUAAUGAAGAUAUGAUCCGCAGUGCCCUCCGAGCAAUUGCAUCCUUGAAUCACAUGAGUGGAGGAGAUUGUAGCCAUAAGUUCAAAAAUCUGAUGAAUGAUAUAGCCAAGUCGCAAGCACUGUCCGAGAAAUACUCCUCUAUCAGGAAUGAAUGAGAGCCAGCUUAUGCUGUGGAAUUUUAGAUAAAAGCUUGAGAGUGACUGAGAGGCUAGAAGAUGGGUCCCAUGUAAAGUGGGACUUGCCUAAUUAUGCGUACUGAAAGUAAACAAAUUCUCUUCCCGUUGAGAAAACCAGUGGCGUAUUAUAUGAUCUUCUCAUCCUAAGUUGUUUUUUUGCUCUUGGAUCCUAGAACCGUGCAGCAGCAUUCAUUUUGUGCUUUUGCAUUGCCUUUUGUGUUGAUUAUGGUUCUGGUGCUAUGUAAAUCGAAGAUGUUGCAAAUUUUACCUACUCGAUUAAUUGUUUUCUUUCAAGGUAAUCGGUUCAAUGCAGAUACAUUUCCUUAUUGCUAGUGAGUGCUAGUAAAAUUGCACGUAGUAGAUCCAUUUUU